AUGGGAUACCAUUUGCAUAUCCCUCAUUCCAAAGGGCCACGGAAUGUAACGCCUGUGGAGUACUAUAGAUUCGUUCUUCAAGUGAGAGCAGAUGAUGGAAACUUCAUCAUGAAAUCUAGAAGACUUCUACAACAGUAUGCAUGCGAUCAAUAUGCCAAAAUCGAAAGUGAGCGUUUGAAGUACAUCAAGCACCACCAAGGAGAAAUACGCGCUGACAAGUACAGUGGACUGAUGGAUGCACUUCACCAUGACGAUACAUCCAAUGCAGGAACAAAAGUUAUUCUGCCACCCACUGUAUAUGGAAGUCCCCGCUUCUAUGCAGAAGCCUUUCAGGAUGCAAUGGCAAUCGUUCGUCAUUAUGGUAAGCCGUCCUUAUUCCUUACAUUCACCUGUAACCCAAAUUGGCCCGAAAUCAAGGCAUCCUUAUUCCAUGGUGAGGCACCAAGCGACAGGCCAGACAUAUGUGUUCGCGUUUUUAACAUCAAACUCCAAGAGCUUCUCAAAGACCUGCGGCAACGUGAAGUCCUUGGCAAGGUUGUGGCCUUCACAUCUGUGAAAGAGGAUCAAAAGAGAGGCCUCCCGCACGCCCACAUCCUGCUCAUAUUAAAAGACAAAGAUCAGCCCAAAACGCCACAAGAUGUUGAUCGCAUUGUAUGUGCUGAAAUACCGGACAAACACACAAACCCAAGGCUGUACGACAUUAUCACACGCAACAACAUCCACGGACCAUGUGGUACUGUCAACAGAAAUUCCCCUUGCAUGGUUGGAGAAGGUGCUUCACGAACCUGUGCAAAACAGUUUCCCAAGGAAUUCACGAAUCACACGGUAGUCACACAAUCAACGUAUCCUGAAUACAAGCGAAGAUCUCCAGAAAACGGAGGUGCGACACAUCUGUUGCAAGUUCGAGGAAACAGCUUUCAAGUAGAUAACAGAUUCAUCGUGCCAUACAACCCUUUUCUCAGUCUUAAGUUCAACGCUCACAUCAACGUGGAAGUAGUCCACAGUGUAAAAGCCGUGAAGUACCUGUACAAAUACAUCACCAAGGGAUGCGAUCGUGUAAUGAUGCGUCUAGCCAACGGAGAACAGAUUGAUAUCACCAACGACGAGAUCGAACGCUUUGUGAAUGCAAGAUACGUCAGCGCGUCACAAGCAUUUUGGAGGAUAUACGAGUUCAAACUCCAUCAGAGGUACCCUGCUGUUAUCAAAUUACCUUGCCAUCUUGAAAAUGAACAGCAGGUCAUAUUCCGCGAGGGACAGGCUGAGCAGGCCGCACAUCGAGGACCACCAAGUACCAAAUUGACGCAAUGGUUUCAACUUAAUCGAGAAGAUCCCAACGCAACAACCAUUCUGUAUACCGACAUCCCAAAACACUACACAUGGAAUGGAAAGCGAUGGCAACCAAGGAAGCGUAGAUGUGCAUCGAACAACGACGGUGCAAACUCUGACAUGAUCGGCCGUAUACCUGUUAUCAGCCUCAAUGCCCACCAAUCGGAGCUCUAUUUCCUGCGAAUGCUACUUCACCAUCAACCUGGUGCUACUAGCUUUGCGGAUUUGAGAAAAGUAGAAAACGAUGAACAACCUACAUUUCAAGCUGCAUGCCUCAAAUUAGGAUUACUGCAAGACGAUACAGAGAUCGACAAGGCCAUGGACGAAGCUGCAGCGUUGAAGUUCGGAAACCAGCUACGAGACGUUUUCGCUACUAUUCUCAUUUGGAUUAGACCAUCCGAUCCCCUGGCAUUCUACGAACGACACAAACAACAACUGAUUGAAGAUCUUCUACAUCGUGAUCACAUGAAAGAGCCAAAUGACAUCAUAAUCAACGAGCUGCUCACUUAUCUGCAAGAUAGGUUAGAACGAGAAAGCUUGAAAUUGCAGCGCGAUUUCGGCCUUCCCAUGCCCGAUGUCAAUCUUACCGACUGUUCAAUACCCAGAGAGAUAAGAGAAGAGAUUGACCUUGACAUUGACACAUUGCAACACAUAGAUGUCACCAAUCGCAACAAAUUAAAUCUAGAACAACGGGAGGUGUACGACACUGUGAUUUCAUCUGUCGACAAUGAUGAAGGACUGCUAAUAUCACUAGAUGCCAGUGGCGGGACAGGUAAGACAUUUGUCCUGUCCACUAUUCUCGCACAUGUACGGUCAAAGAAAGGAGUUGCACUCGCUACAGCUACAAGUGGUAUUGCAGCUACUCUUCUGCCUAAAGGUAGAACACUUCACUCGCGACUCAAAGUUCCGAUCAACAUUACAGAAGAUAGUACAUGUAACAUCACCCCACGUUGUGCGACAGCUGAACUGAUUCGCCGGUGUAAACUCUUAGUCAUAGAUGAGGUCAGCAUGGCUGACCGUCGAAUUCUCGAAGCUGUUGAUCGUUCUAUGCAGGAUAUUCGGAAGAACAACGGCACAUUUGGAGGUGUUACAGUAGUGCUUGCAGGUGAUUGGCGCCAGAUUCUACCUAUUGUGAGGAAAGGAAGCAGAGCUUCCAUCGUCAAUGCCUGCCUCAAAUCGUCACCGCUCUGGUCAAAUGUCAGGGUCAUGAAGCUUACUAAGAACAUGAGAGUAGCACUGGCCGGUGGUGAUGAGCGCGACUAUGCAAACUAUCUCUUGGAUAUAGGUGAGGGGAAGGUUCCAAUCGACCACACACUCGGCAAACAUAAAAUCAUCAUCAAAGAUGAAUUCAUCUACCAUUCAGACAGCUUCGAACCCUUUGCAGACUUUGUGUUUGACGACUUGCCACACAACUACAUGAACUCACAAUGGCUGACAUCUCGAGCGAUUCUAUGCCCGACAAACGAAGGAGUUGAUAAAGUCAACAACUAUCUACUCAAGAAAUUCCCUGGUACUAAUCGUGUGUAUAAAAGCAGUGACACAAUUGAAGAUCAUGAGGAACGCCAUCAAUAUCCAGAGGAAUUUUUGAACAGUUUGAAUCCAUCAGGGUUACCACCGCAUCUGAUCAAACUAAAACCAUGUGCACCCAUCAUUUUGUUGCGCAAUAUUGAUCCCAUUCAGGGGCAUUGCAAUGGCACCAAAUAUGUUGUUACUUACCUAAAUGACCAUGUCAUCGAUGCCACCAUCGCAAGCGGAGUACAUGUUGGAAAGAAGCUCUUCAUUCCACGUGUUUCUCUUUCGCCAUCUGAAAACCUGUACCCCUUCAAACUUCAGCGACGUCAGUUUCCAGUGCGAACGGCAUUUGCCAUGACUUCCAACAAAGCGCAAGGUCAGACAUUGGCACGAGUUGGCAUAUACCUAGAAAAGGAUUUCUUCUCGCAUGGCCAACUGUAUGUAGCGAUGAGUAGAGUGGGAAACCCAAACAACCUGAAAAUCCUCACCAAAAACGGCAAAUUUCUCAACAAGGAGGGCACUUACACGGACAACGUUGUUUUCCAUGAGAUCCUUUAAUUGCUUCCAAUACUAUUCCAGGUCCGUUCCUAUUCCACUGUGCGUAGCGUUACCCAUAAAACGAUCAAGCUUACAACUCAAGGUUGCAAAUUCAGUAAAAGCGGUAGUUCAAUUCGGUAUUCAAGAAAACCUCCACGAUGACAACGAUCAGCCCUCAAACACCGACAACAAUGGCAACACACAC